ACAAGAAAACGAAGAAAGGGUGUAUUAUAUAGUGUAAGGUUUAAUCAGAUUUUUCUUUUUAACAUAUAAAUAAUUUUAUGUUAUGUAAUUUGCUGUAUUUUAAACCAUCUGUUUGAUUUCUCCACAACUCUUUUCCCUUAUAAACCCUUCUAAAUUUAGCCAUCUCCUUCAUUUUCGUUUCCUCGUUCAUAUUUUUCUGGAGUGAUCUUCCUCCUCAAGCUAGCUCUCAAUCCCAGUCAAAGGGUGUUUUCUUGAUUUUCAAGAAAGGUUGUGGUGAAAUGAAGAAGCAAAUCUUGAUCAAGAACUGAAGAAUUUAGAAGAAUGCAGAUUUCUUACCAGCCUUAUAUCGACCCGGAUUAUGAUUCUUUAAUCGAAAGAAUUUACCCUCCUAGAGUUUGUAUUGAUAAUGACACAUACCAAGACUGCACGCUUGUUAAGGUUGAUAGUGCAAACAAGCAUGGGAUUCUAUUAGAGAUGGUCCAAGUAUUGACAGAUCUUGACCUUGUUAUUUCCAAAUCUUACAUUUCUUCUGAUGGAGGAUGGUUUAUGGACGUGUUCCACGUGACUGAUCAGCUUGGGAACAAGCUUACUGACGAAACCCUCAUUCUUUAUAUACAAAAGGCACUAUGCGCGAAUAGAAGAGUGGGAGUGUCGCCGGAGAUACAAAAUUGCCUUAAAAGAGAAGUUAGGCCAUUACAUGUUUUGACAGAGCACACGGCGAUGGAGAUGACUGGAAUUGAUAGACCGGGUCUUUUGUCGGAGAUUUUUGCUGUUUUAGCUGAGCUGCAAUGCCAUGUCACGGCCGCUGUGGCGUGGACACAUAACAACCGAGCGGCUAGUAUAAUCUAUAUGGAAGACGGGAUCAGUGGCGGACCAAUAACGGACCCGAAAAGACUUGCCGACGUAGAAGAGCAGCUAGAGAAUGUGGUUGAGGCUCAUCACGGGACCGGGGAGAUGAGGAGUGUCAGAUUAGCGUCGCCAGUCCCCGGACAGACCCACACAGAGAGGCGGCUCCACCAGUUGAUGUAUGCUACUAUGGAUUAUGAGCCGUGUCGUGGCUGCACAGGUAGUGGCGCUGCUCACCGGAGGGACUGUACUAACAUUCAUGUCUCGAUAGAGCCUUGCAAGGAGAAAGGAUAUUCAGUGGUCAAUAUGAAGAGCAGAGACAGGCCGAAACUCUUAUUUGAUACGCUUUGCGCUUUGACUGAUAUGCAGUACGUAGUGUUCCAUGCAGUUGUUAGUUCUAAGGGCACCAUGGCCGAACAGGAGUAUUUCAUUCGGCAAAAAGAUGGAUGCACUUUGGAUACAGAGACGGAAAGGCAAAAACUCAAUCAAUGCUUAAUUGCUGCCAUUGAGAGGAGAGUAUCCCAUGGAUUGAGACUUGAUGUUUGCACUCUAAACCGAGUGGGGUUACUCUCAGACGUAACGCGGGCGUUUCGCGAAAAUGGCCUAUCAAUAUCAAGAGCUGAGAUCGGCAUUCAAGGUGAGAGAUCAGUAGGGUCAUUCUAUGUCACUGAUGCUUCAGGGGAUGAAGCUAAUCCACACACUAUAGAAUUGGUGAGGAAAGAGAUAGGAGGAUCUGUCCUUGCAGUUAAUACAUCACCAGGUUGGACUCCUAGGACUCCCUCAACAACGGGUAUUAGCAGAUCUAGCAGCGGAAGUAUGGGUGAAGAUAAGCAGAAAUUCUCAUUAGGAAGCCUAUUAUGGUCUCAGCUCGAGCGGCUGUCGGGUAAUUUCAGCUCUAUACGGUCAUGAAUUACUAUCCGAGAAUCCCUAUAGAAUGUAAAUAAGAUGAAUAGUCUCGCUUCCUAGCUUCGUCGUAGGUUCUAUUGUAAUAAUCUACCUGCAUAGUAUGUAAUUCUGUGUAGUUUUUACAAUAUAUUCUUGUUCUUAACUUUCAGAAUUUUAGGACUAAGCAGAAGUUGAAAUUAAUUCUUUGCAAA